AAUUGUGAUUUGUGUUCUUUUUAGGCUAUGUCCUUUGUUGUUGUAGAUUUGUCGCCCAAUUAAAUAUUUAAGAUAGUUGUUGUUAAAUACUAAUUUUCUCAUUGGCCCUGUCCGGCAACUUUUGGUGGAUUAAAUAGUAUCUCAUACAUUGGCAUGACUUGUCUUCAUGUAGAAAAGCUGAGUGUUAUAGAUCAGUAAUCAAUAGAUCGAUUGACUAUUUUAAGCGCAGAUUUAAGAAUAUUCAACAAAUGUGCUCCAUCUCUCUUUGACGCGUGCUCAUGACUGACGGGUCUAACUUUGAUCCUGACAUGUUAUCAAACUAUGACCAUAAUAAUUUUAUUGUUGCCUGGCUUCCGAUCACAUAGAUUGUACCAUCAAGGUGUGCAUUUGGAUGUUAGGGCAGACCCUGGAUUGUGUAGCGGCAACACGACUCGCUGUGGUAGUAGUAAAAGGAAGCUGGCGUGUUUACUUUUUUGGGAAGGGGUGUCCUGGUGAUAAAGCAUUAGGUAAUUAGCCUAUCUGAGCCUGCAGACUGAGUGACGCCAGGCUCCAUAAAGCCAGCAGCGGCAGACUGAUGCCGCAUUGAGCUUGUGCGCUUUUGCUGUCAUUGUAAACCCCCAGCUGUCUGUUUGUCUGCGGUGAACCAGUGUCGGCAUGGGACAUAAUAUGGAUGAUUGAAACUCAACCUGGAUUUCUGACUGAGUGAGGAAUAACCUUCCCUGCAGGAGGCUUCGAAUCCAGAGCCGCCGGACCCGUUCUGUGCCAACACAGAGAGGGGAUUUAGGUGUUUGCGCUGCACUGGCAGGAGUUUAACUCCUCCGCCAGCUCUGCUCGGAAGCAACAGUGGAAUACAAAAAAAGCAGCCUCUGUUUACACAGACUCAUCGUUCUACCUCUUCUGUCCUUACCUCUGUCCUGCCUUCUCAUUAUUUGCCUCCUCACUCCCUUCCUCAAGGGACCUUUAAAUCCCUUUUACAGCACCCAUCAGCUGAUCUCGCCACCCAUUUGCCCAUCUCAUAAUGAACUCCUCUGCCUCCAUUACAUCCCUAUUCUCCUUCACCAGCCCGGCAGUGAAGCGCCUGCUUGGCUGGAAACAAGGGGAUGAGGAGGAGAAGUGGGCAGAAAAGGCUGUGGACUCUCUAGUGAAGAAACUAAAGAAGAAGAAAGGGGCAAUGGAGGAGCUGGAGAGAGCCCUCAGCUGCCCGGGGCAGCCCAGCAAGUGUGUGACGAUCCCUCGGUCGCUGGAUGGCAGGUUGCAGGUGUCCCACAGAAAGGGUCUGCCCCACGUCAUCUACUGCAGGGUGUGGCGCUGGCCCGACCUGCAGUCCCACCAUGAGCUGAAAGCCCUGGAGUGCUGCGAGUUUCCAUUCGGCUCCAAGCAGAAGGACAUCUGUGUUAACCCUUACCACUACAGGCGCGUGGAGACUCCAGUGCUGCCACCAGUUCUGGUCCCACGCCACAGCGAGUUCAACCCUCAGCACAGCUUGCUGGCGAAGUUCAGGAACGCCUCCCUGCACAACGAGCCUCUGAUGCCCCAAAAUGCCACCUACCCAGACUCCUUCCCUCCGCUGCCCUGCUCCUCCUUCUCCUCCUCCCCUUCCUCCUCCCUCGCCCAGUCUCCCACCUCACAGAGUUACCCCAACUCCCCCAACAGCUCGACAGAGCCCGGCAGUCCGUAUCACAUCACAGCAGAGACUCCCCCUCCUCCGUACAGCAUGAUGGAGAGCAGCCCUCCCGAAGAUGUGAAGCCCAGCAACUCCACAGAAACCAUCAAACUCACAUUUUCCGCCCCACACAGAGAUUUACGGCCUGUAUGUUACGAGGAACCCGAGUACUGGUGUUCAGUAGCUUACUACGAGCUCAACAACCGGGUGGGGGAGACUUUCCAUGCGUCAUCCCGCAGCGUAUUGGUGGACGGCUUCACAGACCCAUCUAAUAACAAGAACCGCUUCUGCCUCGGGCUGCUAUCCAACGUCAACCGCAACUCCACCAUCGAACACACACGCAGGCACAUUGGCAAAGGUUUACACCUGUACUAUGUAGGCGGCGAGGUGUACGCGGAGUGUCUCAGCGACAGCAGCAUCUUUGUCCAGAGCCGUAACUGUAACUUCCAGCACGGCUUCCACGCCACCACUGUGUGUAAGAUCCCCAGCGGCUGCAGCCUCAAGAUAUUUAACAACCAGCUGUUUGCCCAGCUCCUCGCCCAGUCUGUAAACCACGGCUUUGAGGUCGUCUACGAGCUAACUAAGAUGUGUACCAUCCGCAUGAGCUUUGUUAAGGGCUGGGGUGCUGAAUACCAUCGUCAAGAUGUGACCAGCACCCCCUGCUGGAUUGAGGUACAUCUGCACGGGCCCCUGCAGUGGCUGGACAAGGUCCUCACACAGAUGGGCUCCCCGCACAACCCCAUCUCGUCUGUGUCAUAACACGAGCGCACGCACAGUUUAGCGUGUGCUCGUGGUCCCCCGCACAGGUAGUCGUAGAUUCUGUAUGUUCUGUAAUGUACAGGUUUUCUGUUCUAUGGUCACUCUGUUGACAGUUCAAAUUACAAAAAUAUGUUACCCAGAGCUUUGUCACAUUAUGCUGCAUAACUGAAACACAUGAAAGGUUGAAUUUCAUGUGGAUAAUGAAAAUUCAUUCACUGCUCAUGCAGUUAACUUAUCGAGUGUUCCUUAAUUUCAAUCAGCCUAUGAUAAAGCAUUUAUCCUCUGUUUUCAAUGGGACAUCAACUGCACUCCAAGACAAGAAAAAAUGGGAUAUAUUUAUAGGUACUCAAAGACUUAUGUGUUAUGUUAAAUGUUAUUAUGGUAGUAUGUACUGUAUUUCCAUGUGUUGAUUCAUGUUUGACUGUGUGUACUGGUUGCUUUAUACUUGUUCCAUUAAAGUCGUUUUUUCUUUAA